ACCUUCCCUAACUGCCACUAGCGGAGCUCCCAAUGCUGUGAUUGAUUUCUCUUCUUCACUCUAUUUUCAAAUCCUUUUCGUAUUUCUUCAACAACAAAGAAAAAACUUUUUAAGUAAUCAACAAAUCACCAUCUAUCGUUUGAAGAGCUUUCAUUGAAACCUUAGCAAUCCGAUCACAAUGGUCUGGUUUCUCCGGUUCGCUUAUUGACCCUCUCAGUCCCUCAAAUCAUGGAGAUUCCACUCGCAUUUUAUCAAAGCUUAAGGUUAGACGAUAACAAGAGUCGUAGUCGAGACUCGUCUUAUUCCAAUCCCAAUGUUUUCAAUUUCCCGCGGUUUUCUGGAUACGAUUUCUCGCUCCGCCGAAGAAGAUGGAAGAAUCCAUUUGCGAAAAUCACUUGUUCUUCUCUAGUUCAAGGGCUGAAACCGAAGCCGAAGCUUAAACCGGAACCAAUUCGAGAAAUCGAUCAAGGACCGAAAGAUCCGGUUUUGCAUGAUACCCAGAUCAGCAAAUCUGCUGUCGCGAUUUGUAGUCAGAUCGAAAAGUUGGUCUUGUGUAAUAGGUUAAGGGAAGCGUUUGAAUUGUUUGAGGUUUUGGAGAUUCAAGGUAGUCUUCGCAUUGGGAUUAGUACGUACGAUGCAUUGGUGGAAGCUUGUAUUCGUUUGAAAUCGAUUCGGUGUGUGAAAAGGGUUCAUGGGUAUAUGCUGAGUAAUGGGUUUGAGCCGGAGCAAUUCAUGAUGAACCGAAUCUUGAUGAUGCAUGUGAAAUGUAGGAUGAUUAGAGACGCACGUAGGUUGUUCGACGAAAUGCCAGAGAGAAACUUGUUUUCUUACAACUCCAUUAUCUCUGGGUUUGUUAACUUCGGUAACUAUUUAGAAGCUUUUCAGCUGUUUAAGAUGAUGUGGGAAGAGCUUUCCGAUAGUGAAACUCAUACGUUUGCAGUGAUGCUACGUGCCUCGGCUGGGUUAGGUUCUAUUGAGGUGGGUAAACAGUUACACGUCUGUGCGUUGAAGUUAGGAGUCGUUGAUAACACGUUUGUCUCGUGUGGGUUGAUCGAUAUGUACAGCAAGUGUGGGGAUGUCGAAGAUGCCCGAUGUGUUUUUGAUGAUAUGCCUGAGAAGACUACAGUUGCUUGGAAUAACAUUAUAGCAGGUUAUGCGCUCCAUGGUUACAGCGAGGAAGCACUGCGUUUGUUGUAUGAUAUGCGUGACUCUAGCACGUCUCUUGAUCAGUUCACCCUUUCGAUAUUGAUAAGAAUCUCCACAAGGCUUGCCAAGGUUGAGCUUACUAAGCAAGCACAUGCUAGAUUGAUUCGUAGUGGUUUUGAGUCGGAGAUCGUCGCGAACACGGCCCUUGUAGAUUUUUAUAGCAAAUGGGGUAGAGUAGAUACGGCUAGAUAUGUGUUUGAUAAGUUGCCGAGGAAAAAUAUAAUCUCAUGGAACGCUUUGAUGGGUGGAUACGCGAAUCAUGGUCGAGGAGCAGAUGCGGUCAACUUGUUUGAGAAGAUGCUUGCUGCCAAUGUCGGUCCAAACCAUGUCACCUUCCUUGCGGUUCUAUCAGCUUGUGCUUACUCAGGUUUAUCUGAACGAGGGUGGGAGAUUUUUCUGUCGAUGAGUGAAGUUCACGGGAUCAAACCAAGGGCGAUGCACUAUGCCUGCAUGAUUGAGAUUUUGGGUAGAGACGGUUUAUUAGAUGAAGCCAUUGCUUUCAUCAGAAGAGCUCCUUUAAAACCGACGGUUAAUAUGUGGGCAGCGCUCUUGAAUGCAUGUAGGAUGCAUGGAAACUUGGAGCUCGGUAGAGUGGUUGCUGAGAAACUCUAUGGAAUGGAACCUGAGAAGCUCGGUAACUACGUUGUGAUGUAUAAUGUGUACAAUAGUAUGGGGAAAACUGCAGAAGCUGCAGGAGUUUUGGAUACGCUGGAGAGCAAAGGUUUGAGAAUGAUGCCGGCUUGUACUUGGGUCGAGGUUGGUGAUCAGACUCACAGUUUUCUUUCAGGAUACAAGUGUGAUUCUUAUAAUGAGGCGGUGAAAAGGCAAAUAUACCACAAAGUUGAUGAACUAAUGAAAGAAAUUUCCGAGUAUGGGUAUUCGGUCGCGGAAAAUAAGAACCUUCUAUCGGACGUGGAUGUAAAUGAAGAACAAGGAGUAGUGAGAUAUCACAGCGAGAAACUUGCGAUAGCUUAUGGAUUGGUGAAUACGCCGGAAUGGAAUCCGUUGCAGAUAACUCAGAACCAUAGGAUAUGCAAAGAGUGUCACAAGGUGGUCGAGUUUAUAUCUUUGAUUACAGGAAGAGAGAUUGUAGUGAGAGACGCGAGCAGGUUCCAUCAUUUCAAAGAAGGGAAGUGUUCUUGUGGAGGAUAUUGGUGAAUCGUAAUGGUGCCUAGGAAGUAGAAGCAGAGCUCCAAGUGUCGAUGUUUCUUUUUUCUUUUUUCUUUUUUCUUUUUUCUUUUUUCUUUUGUUUCUUUGCGCUAAAGAUAGAAAUAGUGUGAUCAUGUGACUGUUUCUAUUCUUGUUUCUGAUUCUUUAUUUAAUAAAAGGUAAGAGCUUUGUUAUUACCGCUUACUACGAUAUGAUAAAGGUCAAAGAGGUUUGGAAUCUUUGUUA